UAUUGACGAUACCGUCACUGCGUGUCGCCAGCUAGGCUUCGCCUUUGCCGUUGAAUUUAAUACCUACACUGAUCCAGGUUCUAUGGUUGGAAUAUAUAAAGAUUUCGAUUGUAACGGCAUCCAGGGAUAUCUGCUUGCAUGUGAACAUAGAAAGGGCACAUGUGAUGAAUACGUCAAAGUUACAUGCACCGUAGAGUUUGAAGAUGAUAAUAGUGGUGAAGAGCCUUAUGAGGACGGUACAGGUAUGUUUUACGAUUACUAUCAAUGGAUAAACGAAAAUCCAUGUGAUGACUUUGAAUGUGAAAAUGGAGAAUGUUUUAUAGAUGAAUAUUUUGAUGCCGUAUGUGAUUGUCAUGCAGAGUGGAAAGGGGAUCACUGUGAACUUCCAGUUGAUGAUGGUAACAACAACAACAACAAUCCACCAACUGAUCCUCCAGCUUCAAGUUCAGAUGAUGUAAUCAUAUACGUUGCUAUUGGAGUGGGAGUAUUUGUAUUGCUAGUUGCUACUUUCGUCAUAAUAUAUGUGACAUAUAUUUUGAGACGUCGAAGGUUACAAAGAUCUACGACAAAAAAGCCAGUGGAAAUUGGAUUGAAAGGCAAACCGGUAGCUGAAAAUAGACGAAAUAACAACACGUACCAGAAAACCACCGGGUUGCCAAAUCCAGCGCUGAAUAAACCCACAUCACCCCCUACCGAAUACUACCUGGAGCCGUCCUCUGAUUACGUUUCACCAGCAGAAGAUUACACUGCUCUUGCACCGGCCUCUGAAAUUUAUGAUGAAAUACCGUAUGAUACCAUCGACAACGGAGGCUAUAUGGAUUUACAACCGUCAGAGAACAAAGCACCACCCGAACUUCCAAAGCCAAGAUAAAUAGUUCAAUUAUUGUUUGACGGUAUAAAAAGUUAUUUUACACUUACGAAACGAGGCCUACUCCGCUUUAUUCCAUGGGGUCUACCAUGAAGUUUCCCUCAAUUUAGACAUAAUUCAAAACCAUCCUCAUAAAUCGAGUAGGUGGUGAUCACUCUGUUCUUGUCUCGUAUAGUGGAAAAUUAUUAUUUUUUUUUUUAACUAUGUAGGCCUCCUACAGGCUAUGUAGGCCUCUUUCAGAGUUAGAGUGAGCCUCUGCAUCACCCUGUGGUGGUAGGGUAAAUGUGCAUCACUGUUGAUGUGCAUCGCAAUUAAGGUCUAUGCUGGAAAGGACAAAUUACACAGUCAGUCAGUGACAGCUACCAAUGUGCGCGGGUCCUCCGUGACAUUC